GAGCUCCCACCAAACGCGACCUCUAGCGAACAAAAUUGGUAAAAACUUUCGGGUAGAUUCCAAUUCCUAACCAACAAAAAAAAAAAAAAAAAAAAAAAAAGAGCUUCUUGAGGAAUACUAAUGGAUUCUUUUCUAUUUUUUGAUCUAAUGAAAUUAUAUCAAUGCGUAAAUCUAUUCUAUCCUCCAGUGUAGUUAUUAAUUUUUUUCGGUGUUGCUGAACAGUGUCUCCUAGUGAGUGAAGUAUGGAGAGCACAGAGCUCUGCGAGGCGAAUGCCACCAGCUAUCUUCCUGGGGACCCUGAAUUGAUUGACAAAAUUGUCUUUCAGCUCAAACUUCAGGGAUUAUUUGAUGAAUUUCGGAAAGAAUGCCUAGCUGAUGUUGACACCAAGCCUGCUUAUCAAAAUUUGCGACAACGUGUAGACACUUCAGUUGAAUCAUUUCUAAACAGAACAACAUGGUGUGCAACUUUGAACAAGAAAAAUGUCCGUGAAAACUUGAGGAAACAUGUCUAUGACUGCCGAUUCCUGGAUAUGGGGCUGGAGCGAAUAGUGGAGCAGGUAGUCAAUCCAAAAAUCUGCUCAGUUUUCAUGCCCAAAGUAGAGGAGGUUGUUUAUAAAUUUCUUGGUAUUCCAAUUGAGGCGAAGCCAGAAGCAGAAAGCACCAGCACCUCUAACAAAGGAACUGAGAAAGGAAAAUCUAGUCGCUUUAAAGGGGAGCCUCACAAUCUUUUGCCAGAAGAGCUCGAGCCAAUCUCACCAGACCACAAUGGACUCAGUGAUGGUGAGGUUGCCGACAAAUCUGAAGGCAAGCAAGAAGACACAAACCUAGAGGAAGAAACCAAAGAAAUUAAAGAAGAAAUACUCUCUCCCUCGCGGAUCAAACAAGAAGCCAAAGAAGAUAGCAAAGAAGACGAUACUUCACCUAUGUUUGAACCGCAUCAUGGGAAGAAAGACAGUGACAGUGAGAUGUCCGGUAUUUCGGAUAUGCUAAGCCAGAGCAGUUUGGAAAGCCCGAAAAAAACUGACUCUCCGGAGAUGGAAGUAGCACAAGUUCAAACGCCUCAAGAUACUGAAAUCAAGGUAGAAAUUGAAGCUGUUUCACAAGAUUUCAAUGUCGAGGAAUCUGAGCCAAUGAUUGAUGCAAGUGCCAUCUCACCGCUGACAUCCUCAUCUGUCGGGUCACCAGACUCGCCGCGUGAAAAAAUGUUGUUCAGUGAGAAAAUGUUCGACGAGACGUGUGCAUCUUAUAUCAGCAUAAAGAGCGCUAAUGAAGGCCAGUUUGAUGAUGAAUCGUCAGACAGUGAUGGGUAUGAACGCGUAAGGAUCACCUACAGCCCAAAAGAGCAUUUUGGACCUAAAGAUAGCAAUGGUCUAGCCGAUGGCAAAAAGUCUAAUAGUGAUUUAGACACAAGUUCGAUAGAGAGUCGCAUUGGUGGGAAAAAGGACAAGGGUAGAGAAGGUAGUCCAGGUGUGCAACUCUCUCAAGAAGACGAUGAAGAGUUGAGCCUCCCAAAAACGCCCACCAUUCACUACGACAAUGCAGAGUUUGAGUCUGUGAACGAACUUCAAAAGAGUAUUAAGAAAACGCAAGAAAAGUCUGUAGAAGAAAGCUCCCUCACAUCAUCUGACGACUGUCUUUCAAAGUCUGGAGUGGUCAAGGACAGUACAGAGAAUUCAAAUAUGUGCUUCAAGCAGACGGAGGAGUCCAAUCUGAGUAUCGACACAGAGAACAGUUUGUCGGGGAAAAAGAACUUGACUGAGCAAAAAAAGCGAGAGACACAGAAAUUGUACGAACGCAACUCAAAAGAGAGUGAAAGAAAACACAGUCAUAGAUCAUCACACUCUUCACGCAAAGACAGUGCAACAAAAGAACGUCACAGUCACAGUUCUAAGUCGAGUAGAGAUGUGUCUAAAGAAAGCAAAGAAAAGUCAUCUAAAGAUGGGAAAGAAUCGGGCCACAAAUCCAAAGAUUACAAGUCAUCUAAAGACUCCAAAGAUGCAAAGGUUCAGAAGGACAAAGAAACAAAACCCUCUAAAGAUGACUCUUCAAAAGACAAACAUGAGCACUCAUCCAAAGCACAUCAUUCAUCUAAAGAAAGCCAGGAGUCGAAAGAUUCAAAGCACCAUUCACGAGACAGCAAACACAGCUCCAAGCACCGGUCCAGUGAUAGAUCAUCCAAAGAUCACCAUCGCAGCUCCUCAAAAGAUAGUCAUGACAAACACAAGUCUUCGAAAGAAGUAGACAAGAAGUCUAAAGAUGAAGGCAAGGAAAAAAAUUCUGGAGACAAAACAAAAGAGGAAAAAAAGACUGAUAAAAACCACAAAGAUCGCAAAAACAAAGAUCAGUGUUCAUCCAGUACAAGUAGUCGUGACAGAGACAGCCGUCGUUCAUCAGACCGAGAUAAUGACGGCUCCAGCAGUACACAUCGUAACCACAAAUCAUCUCAGAUACACAGUACAUCCGAAACAUCUCGCAAAGAAGAUCCUCCCAAAAAAUCCAGUCACAAGCAUUCAAGCAGUUCGUCUAAAUCAUCAGAUAGCAGUGAUUCCACCAAAGCUCGCAUCGUCCAUCCGGUUUUGGAACAUCCCCUCCCAGAUGUCAACCUGCAGGACCCUCCAGCUGCGACCGAUGUCUCAAGCCAAAGUCUGGUCACAAAAUCUGAAUUGCAGCAAUCCUUAUCGGACAACCAUCUAGGAAACACACUCAUACUGUUUGACAAGACACCUAAGGUCAUUUUGGAGCGUUGCUCAUUAGAUGGACUUCAAAGCCCACCUAUGAAUGUCUCUGGUAGUCAUGCCAGUAUUAUUUCACUCGCUAGCUCAUUCAGCAGAAUCAAAGAGGAUACAGAUUCAUUGCGUGUGAAAAAGCCUAGAAAUGCUGCUAAUUUCCUUGAGGCCAAAAAAAUGCUAGAACAGCAUAUACUAGAGAAACAGAUGUUGUCAGAGCAAUCUAAACGCGACAAGUGCCUUGAAAAUAAAUCUUUGCAGGAAUCUGUCGAAAGUAGUUCAGUAGCAAGCAAGCAGAUUACGGCUGAUGAACCUGUUUGCUCUGAGCCACCAAGUCCUAAAAAACGCAAGAUAGCUGCAAACAUAUUCCAGUCGCUAGACAGACCUAAUGAACAGAAAAUCUUUGAGUUAUCGGAAGAAAGCGAAGAAAUUGUUUCCAGGGCGGAGUGUGUAGCCGAUUUUGACAAAACAAAUUCUGGAUCUGAUGGACCAAUAGGUGAUGUCUCUUUGGUUAACACACCUGCAGGAGAAACCAGCAAAUUUAAUGAGACUGUUCAAGCAAAUGGAAGUGACCUAAUUAAUUCUACAAUGAACCGUGUUGAAAGUGAAUUAGAAGUUUUGACAACACCUGAAAAUAAUGGAUCCACAGUGGAAACAGAAAGAGAUCAAAGUAUACAACAAAUGUGGAGCGGUGAAAAUUCAAUAAAGACUGAAAGCUACCCAACUAACCCUGAAGAGGACCCUGAGAAAAACUCAGAUCGAACAAAUAGUGAGGCAAAUGCUGUUGAAUUACAAACUAGUGAAAGCCAGAGCGAAGUUCAGCACACUCAGUUCAGCAAAGAAGUAAAUAUUAGUCUAAAAGCAGGAGAAAUGGACGUGGGGCAAAAUAUUGCACAGUUAACAGGAAUUGAAACAAAAAUUUUCACAAGUCCUGAUGAAAAAGAUCUCGCACAAAGUAGCUCAACACCAGAAAACCAUGGGUUCACAGCAAAGACUGCUAGUUCUAAAAACGCAGAUGAAUCAGAGGGAAGUGUCAAUCAAUCUGAGAACAAUAUGCAAGAUAGUUUGGAAAUAAAGGGAGAGGAAACUUUAAUUACGACUGAAAAUAAAACAAAAGAAUCAAAUCAGUCAGUAGUUGAGGGAAAAUCUGACAAAAAUUCAAUGGAAGUAGAGUACGAACAGAAUACUGACAGAACAGAAGUUUGCACAGUAAAAGAAAACGUAGAGGUGCAGGAAAGCUCAGAUAAAUCACUUCCACAAAGAAAUGAAAAUUCUGUGAAAGACUGUGCUGAGGUUAUGCUGGACCUAGAAAAGGAUGAAGAUUUGCAGCCAUCUAUGACUCGAAACGAAGGACAAUCGAAAGGCCUCUCAGUCAAUUAUCUGGAAGCAGAAAAAACAGCCGAGAUCUUGCUGCCAAAUACUUCACAAUCAGAAAUAUUAGGAGACACUGAACAGAGCAUAGUAAAAGAAGAAAACCAGCCAGUUGCUCUCAGCGUUGCUACCAGAGAAAUAGGAAAAGAGGCAUCAGCAGCAGAGAUUCUUGGUUCUGAAUCAGCGCAAGCUGAAAGUAUGGAUGUAAACUUUGAAAUAAGUGACGAAUUAAAGGCUGACCCUAAAACUCUCUUUACCAAGUUCAGAUCCUUCUUAGUCUCCCGAUUUCAAAAUCUCUCCACUACAGACACCAAGAGCUUAGAACAAAUUCCUGCACAGGACCUGAUCAAUCAACAGUUCCUAAACUUCAUGAAUAAUUUUGAACUUCAGAUCAAACCUCUAAACCAAAAAAUCAGCUUGACGUCUGACUAUGUUGACAUUGACUCUGAUUUAGAUGAAUUCCUCCGUCUCAAUAACUUCCAAGUUCAGCGCCAGUAUUGUGUUAGUGUUCCAGAAAUUGGUUUGCCCUGUUGGGUGUACGAUGAAAAGCAUGACUGUUUUGUUUUGAAAGAAGAGAUAUCACCUGUGGUUUCAAAUCUGAAAAGGAAGGGGGGAGCAGCCAGCAGUGAGGAAGCCUCAAAUCAGAUGAAAGCGAAGAAAAUUAAAAUUUACGGCAUCAGCACAGGUGAGCUUCAGGUCAGCCCUGGUUCGCCGUGUUCUGGAGAGUCCUCCACCAAAAUUCCUCAUGGAGCUGAAGGGUCAAGGAGCAACCAGGCAUCGACCAAAUCAAACAUAUCAGAUGUUCCUAGCUUGUCUACAAGCCAACUCAAUGACAGUAUAUCACCAUCAAAAUAUGAUGGUGAUUGUAGCUUUGACGAUAGUAGUAUUUUAACCACGCCAAACAAAAGUUUGACUGCACAAUUGAUUGAACCAGCUCUGGAAAGUUUGCUUGCUGAAAGUGGCCUUGCUCCAUUUGUGCCCGGUGGAAACGUUCCAAGUCCCAAGAAUGCAAGCUCUGAAGAAGCGUUCAGUCUGCCACCGACUCCAGAGAGCGAAUCGAUUCUAAUUCACUCCAAGCCGCUCAAGGGGAGCAAACGGCAUUCAGGAGAGAGCAAUGCUACAGCAAAGAAAAAAUCACCAAUCAGUGGGAAAACUACGCCGCCCAUGAAACAAAGAAAUGCACUUGUGGAAUCCUCUCAGGGUAAGCUGCAGAGGUAUGACAGCAGUGACCUGUACAAACCCCGACCUCUAUUUUCUCAGACCUCUCGACGAGCUAGAAGUAAUAAUUCAAGUACCCGAGAUUCCAUAGGUGUGGAAAAUGAAAGCAUCAAUGCACUGAACUCAAACAUUGUGACGAAAAAAAGGUGAUCAAUAUUGGAGACCAAUGUAAUAGUGCCUGUACAUACUGUUCAAUAUCUUCCCGGUGAAGUUUCCUGAACUCCCUUUCUGCCAUACUCCGAGCUUUAGUAAUCAGUUUCCAGAAAUAACUCUGUAAUUUUCUUUUGUAAACUGAUCGUUUAUCAAAGGAAUCUCAUUUCCUUCCACUAUUGAGCUGUGAUUGUUUCUAAGUUGGAUAUUCCAGCAAUAAAGUAUUACCGUGUUA